AUGGACGCCGAAGGCUACGAUUUUCUCCGGCAACUGCACGGGCUUCCCCGCAGGCACACGCCUAACUUACGCGCUUCUCCUCUUACCGAAGCCGCCGCCCGCCGUAGGCUGAGUUUGUUCGCCACUCUCGCCGGAAACGACUUCGCCGAUUUUAAGAACAUCGGCCCUGUCAGGGCGGCCAAAGUAGCCUUCGAAUUGAUCGAACCAGAUCCUCGGGGAACAGCCGCCGUUGUGCCUUUUGAGGCGCUUGUGGGCAACUUGGCAAGGAUCGUCGUGCAGGACUCCAAGGAGGAGGAAACACCAGCGGCCCUGGAGGAGGCGGAGGAAAAGCUCAGGAGGUCUCAAAACAUGUUCCACAAUGCGGUAGUGUGGGACCCGUUGAAGAACACCCUCCGACAUUUCUCCUGUGCUGCGUCUUCGCUGGCCAUCACCAAAGACACAGGUACCCUGGAGUUUUCCUCUGUCGCCUCUGGCAUAGCAUCGGGGGAAGUUUCUCCUACCACGGGCCAGGUGUGGGCCCCGCCAUUACUGGAGACCCGGAUAGCACAAGAGUUUCGCCGUGCUACACGACGGGCGGGGAGCCAGAUGCCGCCGCCGCCGCCGCCGGGACCGACGCCGACCCCGGACCAGAGUACGGGCCGGAACAAGCGCUCUCGCAAGGCGGUGACUCACGACACCAACAACUACCGUAAGCACGGGUUUAGUCGUCUCCCCGGUGCCGAAGAAGACUUCAACAAGUGGACAGUCGCACAGCUACGCGAAUUCCUCAGCGUUUUUAGGUGCCUCGACCACGCCGGCCACAGCGCGUACCUCAAGGGCCCCCUCGCCGAGCUGGCGGGGCAGGUAGUGGCGAUGAUCAAGAAGUGCGGGUUGCUCAACAGCAACCAAGCGUUCCGCCAUCCUGUCCCGGAUCUCAGCUCUUUCCAAGACAAGGAGCGCAUGGCCAUGCCCGGACUACCCGGCCCCCGUUCGCGGAUCAGCGGCUUUGAACAUCUACAGCAGCACCUCCCCGAAAUGUCCAAGUCGGUGAUUCUGCAGUUCCUCCGACAAGUCAACCCCAUCUCUGGCGAGGGUUCGCGGGUUGGGAUGCAGAAGGUUAUGGAUAUGGGGAACCUGAACAGGUUGUGGGGCGUCCCGGCCAAGAACGGGUUGAUGUAUCUGGGAAUGAGGCCUGUAAGCGCUUCUCCCACACCGAACGCAGUCUUACCGCUACCAACUACAUUCGACACGCAUUUCGCGCCAUAGUCUUCAAGAUCACACCACAACCGCCCCCACCCCCACCCCCUCCUGCAUCCCUCAUGCUCUGGUAGCUUCGUUGGUGCUCUUUUGGCACAACCCACUAGUUCACUUCUACGGUAAGACGCCCACAUUGUUAUGCCAUGCUCCUGACAAAUGUAUACCCACCAGUCCUCUUUAACGGUAAGAAACCCGCUUAUUUUUUUUUUCAUGCUUGUGACGCAAAUACGACCUUGCCUCGACGAUUGUACCUCACGCCAUCUUCCUUACGUCCACGCUCGCUUCUGGUCAGCGCCGGUGCCUCCUUCUCGGAUACGAAAACGUACGAGGUCCGCAUACAACUGCGGGUGGAGGCGUUGGACGAGAGCGCUCAUCCCUCAGCAGCGGAGGAGGAGGGGCACGGGGUAGAAUCUGGGCAAUGGCCGAGACAGCCCCUCGUCGCCCUUGGUGUGGUCGCCGCUCUGUGCGAGUGUCCUGCCGGCAUAAGCGGGGGAUGCUCCCACACUGCAAUGGUCCUCUUCUUGACUCGUCUGCUGCAGAUGACCGAGGACGAACUAGCUACGUUCAACCCAUCUACAUGUACCGGUCGAGCUUGCAGUUGGAUCAUGCAGAACU